GUUCCACUACCAACACUUUGCGGCUUUCAAGCUGCACGCGAAUUGGAUCUUCAUUUUGGGUCUGGCGCUUUCGUCAACUGUGGACGUAUACAUCACCGCGUGCCUCUUCUACCUCUUCAGAUCGAACCGCUCCGAAGUCUCGGCGUACGUGCCAGCCAUCGACACGAAUGCCUGAGUGCUGCUGACUUGUCGCAGAUUCAAUCACGUCAUUGACCGGUUGAUCCUCUGGGCAUUCGAGGCGGGCAGUCUGACCACCCUCGGGACCGUCGUGACGAUGCUCUGCGUGAGUGCACCUGACUGGGUCGACAUCAAGGCGCGAAUGAAACUAACGUCAUGUCGGCAGUGGGUGACCACAUCCCACAACUUGAUCUUCCUUGGCCUCCACUUCGUCAUUGGCAAACGCAAGUCGUCGUUUCCGAGUCUGUGUCCGUAACUCACCUCUCCUACAGUCUAUGCCAACUCGUUCCUUAUCACGUGCGUAUGCGUGGAUGCUCUCUCAACUCCCUGUUGACCCUGCGUCACAGACUCAACACACGCGAGACCAUCCGCAGAGCCCGUGCCAACACAUCCUCUGGUGACCGCGAGCGCGGCCAGGUCCUCUUCCUCGAAUCAAGACCCGGCCCGGGAGCGUCCAACUUCCUGAAGACGACCACCAUCCCCUACUUUGUAGCUCUUUCCUCGCUGCCUCGCACCAUGCGCAUUUGCUGAUCCCAUCCACAGACCCGUUCGAGGCAUGCUGACACACCGACGGUGCGUAUUCUGUCCCGUCUAUCUUGACCCUGUCUCAGCCUAUGCAUGCAGGAUGUGCAGAUCAACGUGCAGACCAGUGUACAGUUCGACAGUGAUCAGAAGUCGACGAUGGAUGCCAAGUAGCGAGAUCUGUGGCUCACACACACACACUGUACAAUAUCAUCUCACUUGUAAUCACGUCACCCCACUGGAUUGUGUGGGUUGAUGAUUUGGAACAUGUAAUCGGUCAAGGAAAACGAAACUUCUGCUGUAAUUUCCGCUUUGAAGUACGAGUCUUGGAUAUCUUGGGUUUUUCAUUUUGG